AACCAAAUCGAAAUGCUUAAACACGUCGGCUACCACAAGCACGUCAUCCGUCUGGUCGCGUGCUGCACCAAGCAGACGCCGCUCAUCGCGCUGCUCGAACACGCACCCAGAGGAGGCCUGCUCAGUCUGCUGCGGGCGGCGAGAGGGAGAAGAAACGAACCGAAGGAGAGGCAGCUAUCAGCCGGCGAAUCGGAAUACACCAACUUAAGCGACUCCGACCCGCCCCUAGAGAAGACCAGCUUCUGCGGGGAACCACGCCAAAGGCACUACGUGGCCGAACCAGCCCUGCAUCUAGACAGCGCGACUAUGCGCGACUACGCGCUGCAAGUCGCGCUGGGCAUGCAGCAUCUAGAGGAGCGCGGGAUCACGCACAGGGACCUCGCAGCCCGGAACAUUCUGGUUGACGGCGCAGGGACCCUCAAAGUGGCCGACUUUGGACUGUCACGUUCUGGCGUGUACGUCCACACCAGGGCGCGACCAGUGCCGCUGAGAUGGCUGGCACCAGAAGCCAUUUUACACGCUCAAUACUGCAGCGCGAGCGACGUUUGGGCGUUCGCUGUGUUACUAUGGGAAAUUGCUACUCUAGGCGGCUUCCCAUACGCAGAGCUAAGCAACCACCAAGUCCCGCCCUUCCUCGCAGCGGGCAGCCGCCUCCCGAAGCCAGCGCGCGCCUCCCCGCGCCUCUACCAGCUCAUGGUGCAAUGUUGGGCCACCUCCCCCACCGACCGGCCCAGCUUCGCCCAGAUCGUCCGCCAACUGGACGAGCAGAAACAACUGUACGUGGACUUGUCGGACUUGGACUUGGACCCGCCGCCGGACGACGACAGCGAUUAUGACUUUGAAUGCGAGAGGUGACGGGUGUAAAGACUGAGAUUUACUUUUGCAUUGUAAUGUGCAAUGUUAAUACAU